UUAAAGGCAGUUGACUUCACUCUGUAAGUGCGCAAUUCUUCGUUUAUCAUCUUGAAGCAUAAUUAAUUGUAUGCUUGACCUUCCUUUCUCGUCCAUACCCGUCUACAUACUACUAUAUAUAUAUAUAUAUAUAUAUAUGUCAUACCAUCAAGCAACCAGCCAGCGUCAUUCUUGGACGAGUCUUAUUCGACACCUCCGCUCACCAAAACUCGCCCGAGCUGCAUGACCCACACUGACGCUGUUCUAUCGUCGAAGUGGUAGGGAGGGUGUGGUUUCUGAGACGCAGCACGAUAUUGUCUCCUUUUCUUGAAUAAUCAACCUCCGAAGCACGAAACAUAUUUCAAUUCGUCGUCAUGGAGACCUACAUAGGUGUCGUGAGGACCCCUGGAGACGCUAUCAAGCUUUUUGAAGCAUGCAGGCUCGGCCUGCUGCCUCGGGUGCAGAGACGGUUGUCGGAGAAGGAGAGACAAUCUAUAAAAUCCGGUUCCGUGUUUGUGUGGGAUGAGAGGGAAGCAGGCAUGCGACGUUGGACUGAUGGUAAAUCCUGGAGCGCGAGUCGAGUGUCGGGCAGUUUUCUUACUUAUCGUGAAAUGGAAGGGAAACGCGGAAGCGGCUUUGGGACCACGAGGAGGCAUCCUGGACGCUCACCUGAAAGUGGUCGCCAGAGUGACGACGAUCAAGAUGGCGAACCAGAGGGUUAUCGAUACAAGACCGAUGGUCUUAUGAAGCAAUCUUUCAGCAUACAAACAUCUAAUGGACAGCACCUGCAUCUGAUAUCCUACUAUGCGCGGCCUUCGUCUGGGGGACCCGAGCUUCUUCAGCCCACCGCGGAUCCCUCACUCAGACAUAUAAUCCCUGCUAAAGGGAUGUAUCCUGAGUCAAGUCUGCACGACACCAACGGUUCAGCCUUGACCAAAACGCCCAUGCAGUCAUAUACACACUCUCCUGGGCCCCAAGACCACGGUCCCUAUCCUGGUUAUUGGGCUGCCCCAGCUUGGACGGCAGAGCCAUGGCCGCCCUCGCCGAGGCAAACACCCCCCCAUAUAUACGCACGACACGAAGCCGAAAGGGCUCAACCACCGCCGCCGCCUAUGGGUUACUCGGCGCCCUCACUGGCACCACCACAUCCAUCUAUGGCCCAUUCUCACUAUGACCGGAUACCGCAGCCCACUCCAUGGUCAGCGGUCGACCGACGGAUGAGCUUAUCCCCUCGCUCUCAACAACUUCAAGUUCAAGCAGCGCAGGCCGUCCUGAUCGACCCUCGGGCUCCCAUACACGGUCGCCAUCCCCAAGGCCCCCUACCCUCGCUCGCUCCCUCAAGUCGCCACCCUACCCCCCCGAGAGGUUCUCACUCACCUCCUCGAACAGCUAGCUCAACCAGCUCACAACCGCGAAAGGCGAGCCUGUCGAGCAUAUUAUUACACCCUACGCCGACCAACUCAGAACCCAACAGCGCUAAUCCAGCGAACAACAGCAGUGCAGGGAGUUCACCUCGAGCUCUAGCCGCUGCUGCACACGAGUUAUCAACCGAUGUCAAGGCGAUACGGUCACUCGACCGUCGGUUUUUUUAAAUUGUUGCAUAAUACAAUGAGCAUUAGCAGGCGUUUUAACAAAACAAAGGUCGGGUCACGGAUACGGAUUCAGGAGGGUCCGUAAGGGUCAUCGGAACGGGCAUGAUGUUUUAAUUUCCCCCAACUACCACUGGCGAUUGCUUUAUAUUGACUGGUAAAACGAAACGGAGUUUAUGGUAUUAGGAUAGUCGUUCAUCACGACGUUAUGGUGGUGUUGGGGGCAAAUGCUAUUAGAGCAUUAGUGUUAUAACUUAUGUAUUGUUUAUAUCUAUGGUCUGAUACUACUCUCAGUAUAGAGAGCUGCCGUAUACAAAUAACUCAAUCAAUUUGAUUGGAGUAUUGAUUAAAA